CUUUUUCUCUGAAUAGCUAAGUAACGUCAGUCUUAACCCAGCCUACCAUUCAAGCAGUCCACGCCACAGGGACCUUUCAUGUAGGGGGUUUAUUUCUGCUUCAAACAUUAAGUUAGUAAGACCUGAGCAUGCCGAGCCUGUUGCUGUUUGCUAAUGGGAUUAUGAAGGAGUUAAACAGUGUGAAUUGACGGAGACUAGCUAACGUGAAACAACAACAACAACACGAAGGGGCAGGGCAGCUGCACAGGUCAGUUUGUGUGUGUGUCUUCAAAAUCAUUUCACCGACUGGACCACCAUGCAUCACCCUGCUCCCACCAGCAGUGGACUGGGGUUUCUGCCAGCCAUGUAUUCAUUUUCUGGCCCCACAAGCCUUCCUGAGUUUGACCUCGGAUCUCCAAGUACGUCUGGCCACCUACAGAGAGCAACUCUAUCUAACAACUGGGAGACACGAUGCCUCAGGAAGCACAGGAGGAGAGUGGACGAUGAGGGAUGCAGUGCUAAAAGGAGGAGGUUAAUGGUCGAGGCAGAAUUGGACAUUUCAGAGAACUCAAACAGUCGUCAUGACUGGCCUGCAGCGAACAGCUGCCCUCCUUUACCUGCACAGCAAGCCAGCCCUGCACUUCCACAGCCCUGCCCAGCAUCUCAGCCCUCAACUUUGCCUCAGCCCCCCUCUGCUCUGCCCAGACCUGAGACAGAGAGUUCCUGCAUGGAGAUAGAGGCAGCUCAGAGGAAACUUCAGGAGAUCGAAGACAGAAUAACACUGGAGGAUGACGAGGAUGAAGAUCUGGAUGUAGAACCGGCCCCAAGACGGCCAGUGCUGGUAAUCUCUGACAGCUUGAAGGAAGGUCUACAGCGCGGCAUCAGCGACAUCCUGCCGCACACAGUUGCCCAGUCUGUGUAUGUUCUCUUCAUUUUCAUGAAGAGCCAGUCCUGCAUGGAGCUGGUGUUGUGGCGGCCACCGGACGAUCCCUUCUGUCGGAAGCGAAAGGGCCCAUUACAGAAACCGCGUAAACAACAGACAGUGUCUCGGCAACCCCCGACUCCAUGUCCAUCUCCCACCCCUCACAGCCCCCCCAGUCCACCUGCAGACACACACUCCUCUCUGUACAGCUUUCCUGUGGCGCACAGCUCUGGAGAGGAGGAUAUGGAAAUGUAACGGUGCUUGAUGACUGGAAAAGCCAUGCCAAAGUAAAAGACUUGAAAUGCAGUCGCACAAGAGACUAUAAAGGACUCAGAACCACUUUAAGUUGGUCAGUUUGGCGAGGCACGCUGGCUUUACAUGAAUAUUGUGCUGUUUUGGAAAGUUUGUGCAACACGUCUUUUGCUUUACAGUCACCCAGUUUAGGUUUUUGGGCUAUAAUCCCAAGCAACCAUAUGUAAGAUGUAACAAAAACACUGAUCUAAUUAAUCAGUUUUAUUUAUUAGUGUUGUCACAAUACUGGAUUUUCUAACCUCAAUACAAUACCUUGAAGAAUAUCGGUAUUUGAUACCACAGGGAAAAAUUGAAACAACAUUGAGGGCAUAGAAUUUUUGAUUCCAAGAACAAAAGGGUAGCUGGCUCGAUACAGUGGAAAAUGAGUAUUGAACCUUUCAAAUAUUCAGUAUCAAUACUUAGAUAUUU